UUUUAUUCUGACAUUCAAGAAUCAUUUAUGGAGUACAGAAAUGGCUGCUUGACGCAUUGAGAUAUUUAGAUAUUUGGUUAGGAUAAAAGAAUAAAAAAAAAUAUGAACUCGAAUUUUUUAUCGAGAGCAUUGUGCUUUCACGGGCAGCCAAUGCAAAAAAUAUGGGAGGAUGAAAGAGGCACAGGUGACUUACAAAACUGCGGUCUGCCAGCAGAAAUCAAUUAUUCCAUCUAUCAAGAACGGCAGAAGCACUUUACUUUUCAGGACCGUGCCAAACGAUUGAAAUUACAUCAGUUUUUUGCUAAAAAGGCUACGGAUUUGUAUGAUAACGAAUUGACACCGGAUCCCAGCAAGGCAAACAAUAAUGAAAAUGCAGAAAAAGCCAAGUCUUAUGCAGCUGUAUUGCCACCAUAUGAAGUUUUCGUCAAUAAGCAUAAGGAUAAAGUAAGAAGAUGGCGUUGCAUUUUGGAUGCCAUUAAGCCUGGUGACCUGAUAUAUGUGGCAAUCACAAAGGCACCUAAACCAGGUUCAGCUAUAAAAGUGCAACCAUUAUGCACUGCACCACCUUUGGUUCGUCAUCUGGAUGAUAUACCAACAAAGGCUUUCCUGCAACAAGUUAGUACAGCAAAAUUGCCGUUGGAUGAACACGGCAAGCCGCGCUGUUUUGCUGUUAACGACCACGUGUAUUGUGAAGUUUUGGAAAUUUCAGUGGAUGCUGAUCGCUUGCUAUUAGGAAUAGAAAACGUUUUUCCUAAGAACGGUAAUGUGCGUUUAGGUUUGGUUAACGCACAUAAUUUGCCGAGCUACUACAAAAAGUCUAUAAAACGAGUUUCAGAUAAUUAUGAAGAAAAUUUGUUAAAAUCGAGUGAAGCACAAAAUCCUAAUUACGAUGUACUAUUUGAAAUGAAUGGUUUAGAUGUGGAUGAUAACUUCUCGUUAAUGAGCUCUUUAAAAUACGGAUUUCAGAAAAAAGAUUAUGCUAAGGAACUACGCCAAGCUCAAGCAUAUAAAUGGGCUUUUCGUUCCGUUGCUGAAGGUAUUGAUUACUUCAAGCAAGGUAAACAACUGGAAGCAUUUCAAUGCCUUAAUAAGGCAUUAAUAAUUGAUCCAAGAAAUGAGGAAGGACUCGUUGCUCGAGGUGCACUUUAUGCAAAUAAAGGCAGUUUUUUGAAAGCAAUCGAGGACUUCGACAGUGCAAUGAAAAUAAAGCCAGAACAUGCUAAUGCACGUAAAUACAUGGGCGAAACUUUAGUAGCACUUGGCCACAGCUAUAAGGAAGAUAAUCGUCUGGAGGAAGCAAUAAAAGCUUAUACCGACUGUUUAAAUCUCAUACCCAACCAUGAACAAGCACGCUUAUCUUUGGAAGCCAUACAAAAAAGCCGUAACAGUGGGCAGAUAUUCGAUAAUAUUUUGAAUAUACCAGGUAUGUCGCGGCCAGUAAAGCAUGAUUCAACAGAAGAUGAAAGUUCAACAGAUUCUGACAGUGAAUCAUCUGUAGAAUGUGCAGCACCAAGUAAGGAAACUUCAGUUUCUCCGUUUAGCAAACGCAGCAGUAUGGAUAUGAAUACUUGUACCAAACAACAGUACAAGCAGCCCUUUUAUAUGGCAGCACAGAGUACCUUGCCACCUAAUACGAUGUUGCGAAACGAUUUAAAUGACUUUAAGCUUGACGAUGACGACACUGAGUCACUUGUGCGUAAGCUACUGUUAAAAACUUCUAAAUAUACUAAGGAGAAAAAUAAGAAAUCAAAAAAGAAAAAAAGCAAGAAAACAAAAAAAGAACACCGUAAAGAACGAAAUUUAGAAAUGCAAAAGGAGCAAUUAAGUGUAGAACCAAGUACCAGUUUCUUCAAUAACGUUAGAAUGAAUAGUAACUACCAGAGUGCUGCUGCAUUGAAUCGUCGCGAAAAAUCAGAGACUCCUCCACCAAAAGCACCAUCUAUGCGUCUUCCGGAAUCAUAUACCUUUUCAAACACCACUCCGUAUGGCAAUAGUGCAACAAUUCCCAAACAACAGGAACCAACGCCAGCUAAGUUCUCAUUUCAAAUUAAGAAGGCAGUCAAAAUUGAUAAAUUCGGUCUAGUGCGUAUAGCAACCCCUACAGAUAAUAGCUUAGAGACUACAAGGCGUACGCCUUCACGUUCUCGUUCACGCUCCCGAAGUCGUUAUAAUUCUCGUACAAGAAGUUAUUAUUCACGCUCACCAAGCAGUGGUCGACGUUAUCGUAGAAGAGAACGUAGUCGUUCGCGUUCAUCAUCGUAUGACCGUUAUCGAAGACGUUCUCGUUCGCGUUCCAGAACACGUUCUCGUUCCCGAUCCCGUUCGCGACAUCGCAGUGUUCGUGGACGUGAAUAUGGCAGACGACGAACUCCUUCCCCGUUUGUGCCUCGCAAGACUCCACUACGUGGUAGACGUUCAGGUUCACGCUCACGUUCACGUUCACGAGAGCAAUCAGAUUAUCGAAGUAAGGAGCGUGAGCAACGUUUUGGUAAUCGCACUUGGGUUCGCAAUGCAGCACAGGUACCACAUAAACUAUCUAGUCCCUCACCAAUAUCUAAGCGUUGGGAACAUGAUAAAUAUAACGACAACCAGGAUGAUGGUCCAUCAAUUGAGGAAAUAGAUGAAAUAAUUAACAAAGCUCAAAAAGAACGCAAACAGGAGAUUAUAAACCGUGAUAAGGAUAUAUUGAAGAAACGUAAUUAAUAACAUUAGUAUUAUGGUAUCUAUUGUAUUAUGCAUCAAUAAAUCGCAUGUUGCGAUUGAAAUUUUUUAA